AUGAGACAUGAAGGUGAUACUGUGGUUGUCAUGAACUUACGACAAGUCGUGGCCGCCGAAAAUAAUAGCGCCAACGAAUCUAUCAAAGAGCAAAGCAGCAAUACUGCCAACACUCCAAUACCAUCAAGCUCACAAAGCGCCGUGGUAGUGGACGCUAUAGAAACCAUGGUCUUGCCGUCUUCUUCUGUGACUAUUACCUUGGAUGCACCAGUACCAUCACGAGACGAUCCCCAUAAAGAUGGCGCUGAUGUUGCCAGUGAUACCACCGAGGUUGCCACCAACCUGGGCGGUGUGACAGAAGAAGAUUUGGAAUAUGGCAACACUUCUCGUCAUUUGAGGUCAUCCCUCCGACCAACAUCCUAUCCUGUUACCCAAACAAGUAGUGGUUUGGAUAUUGACUACAAAUACGACAAACCGUCCAAGUUGCGAAGCAGCUUGUUGACGUUGGUGGGGAUCGUGCUGAUUGUGGGGGGCGUCGUGUGGGCUGUCAUUCAUGUCAUUCAGUCACCCGACUAUCAGACCACCCAAACGGGUCAACCCAUGGGGGCCAUUCUCUGCAGCAAGGUAGAUCAAGAGCUGAUACUAUUACAAAUCUCCAAUGACAACUACACCACAGCAUCGUAUGCUCCCCAAUACCGAGAGGAAUGCCAACGGGUAUCGGAACGAGAACGCUCUUGUUCCUUUGCCAUUUCCUACAACUUUACAGUGGAACAUCUCGACAAUGCUACGGAAAUUGGAUUUGAUACGUGGACGUUUGAUGCCGGCCAUGAAUGUCAUGAAAGUGUCCCACAAAGCCGACAAGAUUAUUUGCAGGCCAGCAAUAUCACCAUUUACUAUGAGUAUGUCAAUCCAUCGGAGAACCAUUAUCAUCCACCACCCACGGCGGGGUCCAUUGCCGGGAUUAUUGCAGGUAUUAGUUGCGGUGUGGGCAUUCUGUUUUUGUGCACAUCGGUCCUCGAGUGUGUGCUCAAUUGA